AACUCCAACUUCAAUGUUUGGUCAUUAAGCAUGUGAGCAUCUUACUUCAACGAGGCUCGGAGUCCCAUAAUUUCAUCAAAACAAAAGUCAUACUUGGAUUGGGUUACCCCUCAAACUGAUGCUUGCAACUUGCCGCAAAUCUACAACUGCAACUCAGCACAUUAGCAGGAAUGAUUCCUCCUUCACCCCCGCCAUGCUUGCUCUACUCUACUAUAGACUGUGCUAUAGCUCGCUGUACCAUACUGCACUAUACUACAGUAUACUGUACAUGGUAUAGUGGAUCUCGACUGAACGGACGGACGCAAGGGGAUUCAGCGCCUCUACAUCCGAAAAACCAUCUCGUUUGGAGUUCGAUUCAUUCUAUCCGCCACCCAGUCGUCAUUUCUAGUUUUGGGUGCAAUAUGGGCUCGGGUUCGGCAUCUCAUUCCCAUUCCCCCGAAUCUUGUGCGUGAGACCUGGAAACCUCCUGAUAUGUAAGAUCAUCAAGAUCGGAGACCGUCAUCUAGUCCAAUGAAUUCUUUAUGUGCAAUGAAUCCAUCACCAAGUGCAAUCCCAAGGUGGCAUCAUCAUCAUCAUCAUUACUGUUAUUGCUAUUAACCCAUCUUCGUCACCAACCGAAAUGAGUGCCGACCAAUCAGACUCGGAAAAUCCAACGGCAGCUACUUCGGAAGAAAGUGAGCGGUUAUCAAAUUGGGCUCGAUCCUCGGGUUUGUUUUCUUUAAUCGGCGGUUGUGUGCUUUCUUUAGAAUGGUUGCCAGGCAAGUGUAAAUGGUUCAACGUAGCCAAAGGCUGGGGAUUCGUCGUGUCCGAGGAUGGCGAGCAUGAGGUGUUUGUCCAUCAGUCAGCCCUUCAGAUGACGGGCUUUCGGUCUUUGGGUGACGAGGAGGAGAUUGAAUACCAGGCCACACAAUCCGACAAAGGCCUGGAGGCCACGGCUGUGCGGGCUAAGGGCGGGGGAGAUUGCCAAGGAUCCCAUCGGAGACCCGGAGCCAAGAAGAAGUUGCGCAAAGUCAGAUGUUUCAAUUGUGGCGAUUUCGCCAGUCAUAUCGCAUCCAAAUGUCCCAAAGAGCCCAUGCCCAAAUGUUGUCACCAUUGCAAAUCCACUGCUCAUCUCAUCGAGGAUUGUCCAACUUUACCGGAUGACAAGAAGAAAAAGAAGGGCCCUUCGUCCUGAUCAAAUCAUUAUCCAUUAAUUGUUAUAUACCCUCGAACCUGCCUCGGUCUCAUAUCAACUACCUCCAUGUGCAAUCCAUCCAAAGUAUGUAACUGCAAUAAAUGUAUAUUUC